ACGGGCUGGGAUGACGCAGCCUUGACCUACGCCUGAUUGCUGGGACAACAAUCUUCGAGGAAUCAUCACCAAUUCACCUCAGUUGAAAGGCAAACCUAGCUUUACCAAGAUGAUGAAUCGACGCAAGGCCUUUAAGGCCUCUAUGGUCCGUCUGGCGUUCCUUUUCCACGGCCUGAUCAGCAUCUUUGCCGCCAUCUACUCCACACAGGUCUCCGAGUAUUGGUUCAUUGCGGUGGCCGCUGUGCUAUCUAUGCUGGAGAUGAUACUUACCUACAAACUCAACGAAAACGGCGAGUGGAAAUGGUUUGUACCAUCGGCUUUCAUCUAUCUGAUCAUGGUCAUACCAGUUGUCUGGAUCCUGGAGAUUGCCAUGCUGGAUUUCAGGCUGAAAUUACGUAACCAGCUGGGGACGGUGCGGUGUGUUACCAGACUUGAAGACUACGCCUGCUUCGAUGAAGCCAAUACUACUACAGCCGUGGUACUCAAUCAAAACGACGUGGACAUUUACAACCAGCGAUCCAAUUUCUCGACGACCAUACAACAAACAUUGAUGCUUGUCUUAAUCCUAGGCCGUUGGCUGCUUCCUAAAGGUCAGCUGACGCGAGACCAGCUAUCCCAACUCCUGCUGGUCUACAUUGGCAUGGCGGCCGACAUGCUGGAAUUCUCCUCGGAGACGCUCCGGCUUGAGAAGAUCGCCUGCAGUCUCGACAUCUUCUACGCCAUCUUGGCCGUGUGGACCUGGAGCCUGAUGCAGUUCACCCUGGGUCUGACGGCCACCAAGGCCCGUAAGCGACGGGUGGCAGCCAAAGUCUACAAAUCCGAGGAGGAAGAGUUGAACAAACGGCGGUACAAACACUCCAAGAGGGUCUCGGUGUUUCUGUGUGGUACGGAGCUGUGGGCAUUAAUGACCUCCGUAGUCAUCCAGGACGGACCUUAUCUCGUCGUUCGCCUCUAUCUUAUCUUUGGUCUCGGCAUCUUCGAUCAGUCGACGAUUUUCUUCACCUGUAAGAAUGGAUUGUUGCUCUUCCUGCAGUUUUAUCGUCUGUACGUGGUCAUAUCGGAAUCCAACAAGACGCAUGAGAAGAGCUUGCGGAUCCGACGUCGGCGUGAGUCCCUGGCCGUCGACGGGGACGAGAAGGCCGCGGAAGGUGGCGAGUUGCACUCUGUCGGUGACGUGGCAAUGGCAGUCAUAUCCGGUAACAUCGUGCCCAAUGGCACAGUGCUGUCCAAUCACGGCAGCGGUGAUGACGUCACACCACUUCCACCCAAUGGCGUAGUGACAACGCAGGCAGAGUUGACCGAUCCGGGAGAAGAAACUGGCUCCCCCGUAGGAACGAUGAGGAAUCGUAGGAUGAACGGGGGACCCAGACUGGACGCAAACGGCGGGGAUACGCAUGCGCAUCACACGGUGACCUUUGCCCUUGAUGAUGACUGA